AUGGCUAGAGGCGCAGAGAAACGCAUAGCAGCCGUGAACGCUGGCAAGCUCAAGACGCUUGCGUAUGGCUUCCUGGUCUCCAAUACAGUCUUUCUCCUUAUACACUUUGCCAUCUCGCGCUCGGUACAUUGGCGCACACUCUCAGCGUACUGCUUGACGGAAUGCAUUGCCGCUGUACUUGCCCUGCAAUUGCGCAGCAUGGCGCAUUCCGGUGCAGAUCUCGGGCAAGAGGGGCUCACUGCUUACAUGUUUGACAUCAUUUACAUCACAUGGUUUGUGCAUAUUACGACCAGCCUCAUUUCGCGCCAUUUUUGGUGGGUGUACGCAGCAAUUCCUCUGUAUGCAUGCUACGCGGUGUACAAAAAAAUACUUCUCCCAUUUGUGUUUGGCGGCAAGUCGCCACUCUCAUUCCAGCGCAACUCGGGUGUGCCAUCUGCAGCGCCGACGCCGACGCCCGAGCCGCAGACGAGCAAGCGCCAGGCAAAGCAGCAGGCGCGCUCAAACCGCGGCGGCCGCAUGCAAAGGGGAUGA